GCUCGGCAGGGACGGCGGCGCCCGGGGGGACGCGGGGGACCCGGGGGAUCCCAGGGGACCCCGGUGUGCGCUCCGGGCUCGCGGGGUGCGCGUGCCCAGGGGGCCGUACGGAUCGGGGAGCCCCGCAUUGGGAGGUUUUCCCCCCUCGGCUGGUGGCUGUGGCUGAAGCCAUCGGCCUCCGCUGGGCCUGAGAGCAGAAAAAGAAAGAGUAAGAGGGAAAAAGGUUGCCGAAGCGUUAUAAAGCAGAUUAAUUUGGGAAUCUGUAAUUACAGCAGCAAAGGCUGAGUGGAUGUUCCCUCAGAUAAGUCCAAACAAUGUUCGGAGGAUCUAAAACUCCCCUGAAAGUUAAAGGAAAUGAACAGAAGGAAGAGGCCUCUCUCCCUCUGUCAAGAGCCCAGAAGAGCUGCAAAGUGACCAAACCCCGAGUCAUCAGAGCAGCCAAGAAGGAGAAUUUCACUGACGGGAACCAGACACGGUCACCAAAACGUGCCCUGAAGUGCCCCAGAGGCCCCGAGGAGAAUGUGUGUCCCCCCCAGGGGGCUGCUGGGGGCUGGCAGCUCCCUGGGGGCUGCUCUGGGGCACUCAGGAGGGAUGUGCUCACUGAGCCCCCCCUGCCUUUGCACGUGAAGGAACAUUUGUCCAGCAGCCGAGCUGCUCCCUUGGGAAAUGACUUCCGCACUCCUGAGAGGGACAAAGCGGAAGGAAAACCUGAUUUUGGACUGUCUGAACAGAGGCAAAAGCCCGUUGACUUUGCUGCUGUGAUAAGUGCUGAGUGUGGGACUGCUCAGGAGAGCUUUGGAACACGACCCACAGGGACUUCCCCAACUCCUCUGAAGUUUAGGAGAAGAUCAACCAUCGGGCUGAGGGGGUCGCCAGAAAACAACACCCUGAUCCGCUACCUGGCCCAGCAGAGGAGCAGCAGGCAGAAAGAAGCUUUCACCCAGAUCAGCCCUUUUAAACCUGCGAAUGUGAGGUCGCUGAAGGACAAGAUCAACACUUUCCAAGCCUCCUUUGAAUCUCUGCAAGAGGCUGAGGGGGAGCCCGGGCUCUCACACCUGGGGGAGCCUUCCCAGCAAGGAGGUGCCUGUAAGCUGAUUGAAUAUCCUGCUCAGAACAAAGCACCUUUUAACAAAGAGCCAAACCUGGAGCAGCAGAGUGGAAAGUUCAUGUCGGGCAACAGAGGAGCUGCUCUGAAAGAAAAUUUAAGAGAAAAUGGGACCAGGAGCAGCAGGAGUGAGCUCAGGAUCUGCAGCAUCUUGUCCCCACGAGGAGCUGUGACUGUCACUGACCCUGCUGCUGCACAGGAAUGGGUUUAUGAGCAGCAAAAUCCUAAUAAACCCUUGGACACUGCUGUAGCUGGAGACACCCUGGAAGCAGGCCACGUGUCCCAGCUGUGUGCUUGCUCUGCAGGGGACAGCCGGGAGCACGGUGGCUCUGGAGAUGCUGUCGCAGAGCUCAGCACGAGGGAGGCUGGGGCUGUCCCUGGGAGCCCUGCCAGCAGCGACCUGUCCCAGAGCAGCUCCCUGCUGAGAUCCAUCCUGAAGAAAACCCCGGCCAGGGAGCUCGUGGCCAGCCCCAGGGCUGAGUCAGUGCUCGCACCGAGGAUGAGCUUGCAGGAAUACUUAGACAGUGCCGUUGAUGGAGGAGGAGAUGAACCUGCUGCGGUCUCCAAUUGUGUAAAAGCCUCUGAAGCAUUGCAAACAGAGAGAACUGACAGUCAGAGCUCCAAAACACCAAAGAAGAAAAAAGUGACUUUUGGGGAAGUUCUGAGCCCCGAAAUCUUUGACCAGAGCCUGCCUGCCAAUACCCCCUUGCGCAGAGGAGCCUCCCCAGGGUGUCCCCAAGGGCAGAGCCCCUGGGCAAGGCCGGGCCUCUCCGAGGAGCCUUUGCCCCUCCUGGAUUUUGGUUGGGAUGAUGAAGGUGUUGAGCCUCUCCCGGAAUUCCCGGAAGGUUCUGUUGCUGCAGAAUCCCCUUCAGCUGUUGACAGUGCAGAAGUAUCAGAGACUGACAAACCUGAUGUGAUAACAGCUCAUUCUGCUAAGAGGAAGCAGUGCAGGGCCAUGACACAGGAGCCUGACUGGAGCAGCUCUGGAGCCAUGAACACUGAUAACGACAAAGACACUAAAGAUCCAAGAAGGAGCAAGAUUCAGAGACAGAGGAACCCAACCACAGCUGCUCCCAAGAAGAGCCAGAAAAAAACCCGCCCAAGCUAUGGGAAAAGAAGAAAGAAAAAAGUCAAGAAAUCUUUGUAUGGGGAAAGAGAAAUGGCUUCAAAGAAACCCCUUCUCAGCCCUAUCCCUGAAAUCCCAGAGGUUUUCUCUUCUGUGGCAUCUCCAAGCUCACCAAAGGCAGAUGCACUUUCUACAGAGGGUGCAAGUGUGGGUGAUGCCAAACGCAGGGAUGCCUGCAGGGACGCUCCCCAGGAGCCACAGGCUGGAAGGAUGCGUGGGAAGGGGCUCUGUGACGCUGCUCUGUGCCCAAGCCCUGGGCUCCUGGAGGAGGCAGCAGCCCCCAGCUCUGGGCCUGGAGACGCCGAGGUGCCGGGGAGCCUGAAGCCCGCUCCUGGCGCUGCUCCUGAGAAAGGUGAAGAGACUUCAUGUGAAAAAGAAGCAAAAGAAAGCAGUUCCUUGACAGAAAAGGAAGAAUCACAAGCAAGUCUAACUGGGCUGGAAAUUCUGGAACGACAGGACGUGCAGGAGGGUGCCCAGAGAGCCAAGUGUCCUCAAAAGGAUUCUGUCAGACCUGAUCUGGCAAGGAGGAGAAGAAGAAGAAGCAGCAGUGCCUUCUACUUCCCUCCUGUUGAAAACUUGGGAAUAACUGGGGCUGAUCUUCCAGUUUGCUCUUACAACGUGGAGGAAGUUUUAUCAGUCCCCCGGGCAAAGGAGGGGUCCCUGCAGGCCUGCAGGAGGAGGAGCAGUGCCAGUGCUGAGGUCAGGGUGAGGCGCAGCAUGAGGCUGAGCAAGGAUGCAGCCACUAAGGGCCUUGCAUGGAUUCAGCUUCCCACUGAGAUUCCCCAGCAGCCUCCCCUCCCAGCUGCUCCCAGAGCCAGGAGAAGCAUCAGCACACCCAUCCUGGCAGGAUCCGAGAAUAUUCACCCCAGGGAACAGAACCUCCUCCCCUUGCCAGCCCCAGGGAAGGAGAAUGAGGACUCUGCUCCCCUUGCUGGUCCUGGCAGGAGGUGGAGGAGGAGAAGCGUCUGUGAAGCCACAGCUCAAGAAACGCCCUGGGCUCCUACCCAGAGAAGGAGAAGUACAAAUUCUGUGUGUGGGAAGGACAGGAGUGAACAAAAACACUUGGAAGCAGCAGAAAUUCUUGAGCUAAGAUUGAAAGAUGUUUCAGGCAUCUCUGAUUGUCUCAAGUGAAAAUGCUUCCUAGAGCUUUGUGUUGUCUCUCAAGUGCAGUUUUCUUCUCUUUCCCACUUGUAGUUCCUCACUUAUUUUCUUAUUAAUUUUCUGGAUAACUUAGAACUCAUUUUCCUUGUCUUGAUGCCUAAAAUGCUUGAAGAUCUGAACUGUGUGGCAGACUGGCUCAGAGCAUUGGUCUGGUACAGUAAUGGCAGGUAAUGAAGAGAAUUAAAAAGUUCUUCUUUCUGAUAAAUGUGGGUUUGUCUUUAGCACUUAAACCACAGAGUCAAAUGUGUCCUUCCAGCUGCAGUUGCUCCAAGGGUUUGUUUCCCGUGUGCGUGACCAUUCCCUGUAAACUGCUGUUGAAAUCUGCAUAUAUUUUCUUCUAAAUUGCAAAAAUACACUGAAAAGAGAUUGUCUGCAAUGAAUAAAGGAAUCACUUCCUCUUUCCUUUCAA